UAGCAAUAAUACACCAUGUAAUUCUUCAUUAACUUCAAUAAUGUAUAUUUAUGUUGGAAACACAUUAAGGAACAUAUAUUCACAAUUUAAAUGAGUAAUUCACAGUCUUCUGACUUUUUUAUUUUUUUAUUUUUUAUUUCCGUCUUCCAGUGCUGUUUGCCAUGGACUUGUUAAGGGAACUUAAAGUGGUACUUUGGAAGAGCCCAAGAAACUUGUUCCUGCUUCGGUUGCUCAGGAGGUCAAAGGCUUGCGUAUGUGGUCAUGGAGAAGGAUAUCUCCACAUCAGGUGACCUUCAGAAAGAUUUACGAGCCAUAUGUGGGGUCAUAAAGAAGGUGACGUAUUAAGUAUCCUGUUCUUCUAUGACAGAAUGUGAAAUAUCAGUAUAAUUUAUAAGCCUAGAGCGCUAAUAGUUCUGUAUAUUUAAAAAAAUACACGCACGUGUUUUUGUAAUGAGAAAUUAAUUACGACUGUUUAAAGAAAUCGAAACACGUUUUGGGCAUGCCCGUAUGUGAGUGUGUAUUUGUCGGUCGUGUGUACUAGGGCAUGUCAGAAUAUAAAUGGAUAAAUACAGUAGCGCUUUCCGAUUCCGUUGCGCUUUUCGCAAUUAUCUUGGCACUUGCGCUGAUAACGUUUCGAAUGGCCUCUUCGAAUGUCACUUUGUAUAGGCCUCGGUUAACCUUCCACCGCAAAUGUGUGCCAUAUUUAAAUUGAUUUUGUUUGUAAAAGGUUACAAAUAAUAUGCCACGUCGCUAUUUUAACUUACAUAUAGCCGGGAUGCUUGUCUGGAAUCUUGUACAUACCUUUUCGUGAUUUACAAGGGCUUAGCCUACGGCGCAUUUGUUUAAAAAAUAAAAAAUAAAAAAUCAUUAAAUUGUUGCGGUUUCGACAGUACUAAGUAAGGCCACAAUGACUCCUACAAACACAAGUGGGGUAUAUUUUAUUUAUAUUUCACCGUAAUAUGGUGUAUUUCGCGCCCACAAACCUAAGCGGUAUUACGCAUUGACGACAGGAUGAAUGUAUAUUUUGUGUGUAGUCGGCCAAGUAUCCUGUUUGUUAGGAAAGCGUCUAAUAACGAAAGCAAAUAUUUGGUUGUGAAGAGCCCUCGGUAGUUUGGAAGUACCUCCUCUCGGUGAAGCACACUUCUGCCUGUGGGUGUUUAAUAGAUUAAGAGGCUCCGAGGGGCUAUUGUAGUGCGGAAUUCUCCAGUCUGAACAUGACUUGUCUUUGCCUUGUCGGGUUUUGCACUUAAAUUGAGAGUCCUCUGUAAAUUAAGGGUACUUGCAGCACCAUACAGUAAUCUGUGUGCCAAGCAAGCGAAGUCUCUCCAGUGGACAAAGUUGGCGUGUUUGUUCUCUUAACCGAGAUAGGUUGGUCAUCAAUAGAUGGGUUCUGGGGGUUAUGCGCUCGGUGCUUUCCUGGAAAGACAGCCGGCAUAAAUGUGUAGCAAAUGUAGUAGCCUAUAAACGUCAUACUAUACAUCCAAAACCAUAUCAACUCAUAAGCGGUCAAAAUGACCAAGCAAUGGUGAUGUGAAAGUUAUUUGUUUGAUAAUAGGCGUGUGUAAAAACAACUCAUAUUCAGAGUUAUGCAAUGAUUAUAUUUAGGCUAUUUGCCAUUCAUAAAGUCAACUCAUUGAAGCCUACGAUUUCGUUUGAUAGUGGAAACUAAAAGGCUUUUAAUUCAGUUUCGAAACGCAUAACUAAUAUCUCUGUAUAGACUUGGCGGCAGUAGACGUGGAGCAGUAGAUAGUGGCCCAAAUCCUAUUCAGGCCCAUUCAAAACCAUGACAACAAGGAACAAGCUCGGAUUUAUCCCAGAAAGUUAAAGCACAUUGUGGUAAGGCGUCAAUCACGUAUUAUUUCGGGACUGAACAAAUGCAAAAUCUUGACUGGAACAAAUGCUUCCAACGGGUCCAGGACGUAGGGCUACAUUUCCCCCCUUUGUUCCCUUGCUCUGGCUGGCAUGUAUUUGUGUUCCUUUUCGUUCGACCACCCAGGACGCUUGGGAGGCAGAUCCACCGCCGGGGACAAAUGGCUGCUGUCAUCCAAGGCGCGCUGCAGAUGUGACUAUCUGGAACACUGCAUGGGAACGCCAAAGCGCUGCCUCGCGCACUUAUGUCCUGAAGUGUUAUGCAGGGCGUGGGCCUGCGCGAGAGUCGAAUGCAAAACCGACGCCUCCAUCCUCAACUAAAACAAGACCACCGCCGUUAUUUGUGAUGUAUAAGUGCCGUUCUACAGAGACCAGGAAUAUGCUGUAAUAACAGCAUUACACGACGUAACUCGAUUUGUCCGGGAAGAGAUUUGGCCUUAACGGUCAAAGACAGUCUACAAAAACUUAUAUUUUCGUUGAUCAUUAAGUUAUUGUCAGACGUGCGAUGUAAAUAACGUUAUGCAAUACUCCCUGUUUAGAGUUCACGCAAAUCAGCUUUGUGCUGGGUUCACCUCCGAAGUUCUGUGGAAGAUGUAGACUACCAGUAAACGCAGUCACCUGUCCUUCAAGCACCUGCGCUAUAAGCUCGUCUCAAUUUAUUCCAGAUUGAGUUAAUUUGUCUGUUACACCUCUUCUGUUCUUAUUUGGUUACAUUUUGUUUGAUCUGCGAUCGGUCAUUUUUACCCUAAUUUACAUCACAUGGUUCCAAGGCAUUUCUUUCUAAUUUAUAAAGAAUGUAAGGUGCAUUCAACAUAUAUGGAUUUCAUAUUUCACAUGACAAUAUCAAGGGCCUUAUGCUUUCUCACUUCCAGCGUCCAACAGCCUGAUCAAGAUACUGUUGCUAGUCAUUUUCAAAUAAUAAUAAAAAUACAUAUUUAGGAUCAAUCAAUUGAUUAAUCGGCUAACACUGUGUGUGAACUCUAAAGGCGAAAUGUUCAAAUUAAGUCACAAAUAUACUCUUACGAUAUGUGAGCCAUCAGGUUCAAGAAAAUAAAAUUUGUUGAUAUAUACUAGCCUAAUUCGUUUGUGUGUGUGUGUGUGUAUGUGUGUGUGUUUGUUUGUUUUGUUUUGUUUCGUUUUUAGUAUGCAUACCUGCAAUUAGAAGACAAAGCACAUUAAUGAAUUAGCUAAAACAACUCUGGGCAUCACGCUAAUGGUGCACUUUGUAUGCAAAUAUCGGCGAUGUUUGUUGAGGAGGGAGGGGGGUCGCUUGUUGUCACUUGCCACCCAAGACGUGAUUCAGCCGCAACAAUUACCAUUAUCUGUUUCCCCACUUUCGGCGAAUCGGACAGAAUAUAUAAUGAUGAGGAGUGUUUCCUUCGACCAUUGUGUAGGUAACGGGGUAUUCUUCACAUUUACACCUACCCUCGCUGGGAUUUCGGCACUCGAGCCAUUCAGGUACUUAGCAUCUUAUGGAAGGGCGACUCUGAAAGCGGCUAGUGUUUGCAGCCCUGACAGCUGUUUAUAUAAGCAUCCCGCCUCUGGUGUCCACACUGCUACUGGAGGUUCCCGUGUAACAACGUGCGCCUCUCUUCUGUCGUCUUCCAGUGGAUAACCUGCUUUCCGCGCGCAGCUCUCUCCAGUUUUAAUUGAUUUUGGGGCACGCCGACCGGGCCUGUUUUUCCAUUAAAAAAAAAAAAAAACGAUGGCUAUUGCGAAAAUCAGCUUCACUGUGAGGAGUAUUUUGGAUUUGCCAGAGCAUGACGCCGACGCAGAACCUCAGCGCUCUCCAAGUCUCACGCGCUCCACCGGCAGCUACUCUUCCUGGCUGGAGAGCGACCCGGGCCACUGCUUGUCCUCUGAUGAGAGUUGCCCGGAGACAUUACCAGAUUCCACCAAGAAAUCCGAGCUUUCUUCCGAAUGUGAGGCAGAGGAGAAGAGGAAGAAGCGUCGCGUGUUGUUUUCCAAGGCCCAAACCUUCGAACUCGAGAGACGCUUCAGACAACAGCGCUACCUGUCUGCGCCGGAACGAGAGCAUCUCGCGCACCUCCUCAGCCUUACCCCAACGCAGGUGAAGAUCUGGUUUCAGAACCACAGGUACAAAAUGAAGAGAGCUCGGACGGAGGGAUCCCCAGACGUCAAUCAGCCCCCCAUGGUGCGCAGAGUCGUGGUGCCCAUUUUGGUUCGAGACGGCAAGCCAUACACCUGCAUUAUCGACCCAGACAAGACAGGCUGUAGCAUCCCGUUGGUAGCGACCGCAGCAUCAUUCAGCAACCACGGGUACCAGUCUUUUCAGCAGUCGCCACUUGCACUGUUUCCCAGAUAUCAGCACUUAACCACCCCGGUGGCCUCCAGACAGCACUGGGCUUGGUGAAACCGAAUUUGAGAACAUUUGAGCGUGGUGCGCACACUACGGACUAUUCAAAAACUAUUCAAAACGAAGCUUCAAGAACCAAUGCGUGGCUCGACACAAGACCCUUCUUCUUUUUGUGAACUUGCUCACGAGUUUUUGGCAACUUAAUGAAAAAAUGUGAAAAUUUAAGCUGCUUGGUUUGCUGGAUGAGAACUAUUUUGCACAUGCUUUAUUAAUAUUUUGACCAGAAGGAGACAAUGUUCUUGACUUUCGUAACUCGUCAGCCCUUACCUAACUUUAUAUAUUUUAAUGUGAAAUGUGACCGGCCGGAUAUUUUUAAAGAGAUUUUUUAACGUGUAUGUGCUUGCAGAGAAUAUCAUAUUUCUUAUAAUUCCGCAUCACUGUAUUUGUGUCAGAAACAAAAGUAGGCUACCGAAAGUAUGAACGUCCUGUUUAAACCAAGCCACUGAUUUUUUUUUACACUUGACAUAUUUCGUAACCUAUUUUUGCAGUAUUCUCACUAUAUAAAACCAGACGCCCGGUAUUUUUAAAAAGCAUUUUGAGGCAUAUAUUUGUAUCAAUGUUGUACUAUAUGAAUAAACUGACCUUUUUAUAA